AUGCUUGGCUUGAAGACACUUCCGUUUCUGUUCUUACUCCACACGCAGGUCGCCAAGGCCCUUCCAGUACCACCUGAAGUCCUGGCAGAGAAAAAUGCAAAAAUUGUUGAGAAUUACCUGCAAAAAUUCUACCACUUACCAAGCAACCAAUAUCGGUCUGCAAGGAGUAACAGUGCAAUGGUUGCGGAGAAGCUUAAGGAAAUGCAGCACUUCUUUGGCUUGACCGAGACGGGGGAGGCCGAUGCAGCUACUCUGGAGAUGAUGGGCAAGCCUCGCUGUGGAGUUCCUGACUCUGGGGAUUUCAUGCUAACCCCAGGAAGCCCGAAGUGGGCACACACUAACCUGACCUACAGGAUUACAAACCAAACCCCACAGUUGUCAAAGGCCGCAGUGAAAACAGCAAUUGAGAGAGCCUUUCAGUUGUGGAGUGUGGCAUCUCCCCUGACCUUCACCGAGAUCUCAAAGGGAGAAGCAGACAUCAACAUUGCUUUCGUCGCAAGAGAGCAUGGUGACAAUUCUCCAUUUGAUGGACCCAAUGGGAUCCUCGCCCAUGCCUUUCAGCCAGGUCAGGAUAUUGGAGGAGAUGCUCAUUUUGACGCAGAAGAAACAUGGACUCAGGACUCGAGAAAUUACAACCUGUUCCUCGUGGCUGCUCAUGAAUUUGGCCAUUCCCUAGGACUCUCUCACUCCACUGAUCCUGGUGCCUUGAUGUACCCAAACUAUGCCUACAGUGAACCCAGCACCUACUCACUGCCCCAGGAUGAUAUCAAUGGCAUUCAGACUCUCUACGGACUUUCCAACAGCCCUAUUCAACCUACUGGGCCCAGCACCCCCACCGCCUGUGACCCUCGCCUGAGAUUUGAUGCUGUCACCACACUCCGUGGGGAGAUUUACUUCUUCAAAGACAAGUACUUCUGGAGGAGGCAUCCUCGGUUUCGAGAAGUUGACCUCAAUUUCAUCUCUCUGUUCUGGCCGUUCCUGCCCAGUGGCAUUCAGGCUGCUUAUGAGGAUUUUGACAGAGACCUGGUUUUCCUAUUUAAAGGCAGACAGUACUGGGCCCUAAGUGGCUAUGACAUGCAGCGAGGUUACCCCAGGGAUAUAUCCAACUAUGGGUUUCCAAGCAGCAUCCGAGCCAUUGAUGCAGCUGUUUCCUAUGAAGGGAAGACAUACUUCUUCAUAAACAACCAAUGCUGGAGGUAUGACAACAGAAGAGGAGCCAUGGACCCAGGUUAUCCCAGAAGCAUAGCAAGUGCUUUCCCAGGAAUAAAUUGUAGAGUUGAUGCAGUUUUCCUGCAGGAUUCCUUCUUCCUCUUCUUCAGUGGACCAAAAUAUUUUGCAUUUAAUCUUGUCACUCACAGAGUCACUAGACAUGCAAGAAGCAAUUUAUGGCUUAACUGUCCACAGAGUUGA